ACCGGUAUGUGGAAGUCUCAUUCAGACAUACUCCAACUAGUUGCCUGCGCACACUCCAUAUGCAAACACAAAAUAUAUUUUUUUAAAUAUCUGACUGUUCAUCGAGAACUUUGACAUCAAGAACAUUCCCAGUGAGCGGCUGAGCCUCAUGAUUUCAGGGGGAGAUUGGCCUCUGAACCAAGACCAUAAGACCACAUUGCAGCAUUUUGGCUUCUUCCUCAGGGCUUCUAGGAAGUGACACUUUAGCACUUUGUGUGCAAUCUGGUUGGACUCAAGAAAAAGUUAGUCAAAAAUGAGGAUAAGAACAUAUCCAAAAGCACACAUUCUGCAGAAGUUCCAUACGCAUUGUCAGUCUCUUGCGGCCAAUGGCAAUGCAGGAUAUCAAAGGGAAUUUGAGGAGCUGAGUGACACUGCAAAGGAGUUCUCAUGCAGGGCUGGAGAGCUGGAUGCCAAUAAAGACAAAAACAGAUAUCCUUUCAUUUUACCCUAUGACCACUGCAGAGUUAAGCUGUCUUUAUUAGAGUCACAGCCACACUCAGACUACAUCAAUGCCAGCUAUGUGCCUGGUGGCUGUACAGAACAUGACUUCAUCUGUACUCAGGCUCCUUUGCCAUCAACCAUGGCUGAUUUCUGGCGGAUGAUCUGGGAGCAAAAUGUGCAGGUUAUCGUCAUGGUGACAGCACUAAAAGAGCGGGGCAAGGUGCUAUGUAAUCAGUACUGGCCUCCUGAGAAAGGCACUGGCUGUUAUGGGGCUCUGCAAGUCACCACCGUUUCCCGUCAUCAUGGUCCAGACUGCUACAUCACCACCAUCCACCUACGACAGCAUAACAACCAUACAGGUAGACAAAUAACGCAUUAUUACUACCCUGGCUGGCCUGAUCAGGGUGUUCCAAAGGACCACACCUCUCUUGUCAACUUCACUGAGCAUGUACGGAAGCAGCUGGAUGACACUCCACGCUUAGGCUCCACAGUUGUUCACUGCAGUGCAGGCAUAGGUCGCUCUGGAACAUUUGUAGCAAUACUUUGGUUGAUGCAGCUCUGUGCAAGGGGGAUUCCGCCUGAUGUACAUCUCGCCGUCCGAGACCUGCGCAGACACAGAGUGUUGAUGGUGCAAAAUGUGGAGCAAUACAUACUUGUGCAUCAGUGUCUACUUCACUGGCUAGGUGGGAAAAUGGAGAGACCAAGAACCCAGAAUGCUGUGGUGCAUUUCAAGACAGCACAGCCACAAACACACAGGCAAUCCAGAAAGGACUGGAAAAACCGGAGGAGAAACUCUGACCAUACACACCGCCCUGAGUCCACUCAUUCCUCUGUUCAAGUGUCACACACACCCCACCCUCAGCGCACAGCAUGGCAAUCCCUACGGGAAUCCCUGCACACUUUUAACCCUGGAAAACUCCUGCAGAGGAUAAUACCUCCGUCUUCUCAACUCGGCUCACACACCCAACACAACACACAAGUGUAGGGUAGAUACACACACAGGUACUCACCAGCAAUACAUACAGUGGUCUAUUAUUAGUGUAAUUGUUAGAAUAGUGUUCAAUAGCUAGCUGAAUUGCUGAGUUUUGUCUCAGAAUGUGUCAAAGAAAUAUGGCUCAUAUUUAGUGCUGAGCAAGGAUUUCAGCUUGUGUGCAGUAACCAAGAUAAACAACAACGGCUGCUCAACUUGUUUCACCUGAAAGUCAUGGCAAAUAGUUAGCUGUUAACCAGAAGGUAGGAUAAACAAAAUAAGCUUAUGUAGGUAUGAAACUUUGUCACAUUUUAGAUUUCACACCAUACUUUAAAACAAUAUGUACACCAUUUUUAAUUUUUACAGUGUCUUGCAUAAUUCACCAUCCUUAACACCUCAUCUGCAAUUAGAGCUGCACGUUUUUUGGGAGUCUCCACCAUUUUUGGCCAUUUUUCUUGCCAGUAUUGCUUAUAAAAAAUCGGAUUUAGGUCUGGGCUUUUGCUGAACAACAUACAUGUGAAGCAGAAUUUUUCACACAACAAAAACUUCAGUUUCAGCCUCAACCAAGAAUGUAAAAUUGUUAGUCAAGGCGAAGUAGUGAGGGUUCCUCCUAACAUGCUGGUGCUAAAUAAGUGAAGUGAGUGAAGUGACUUGUGGCCAAGUAUGGUGACCCAUACUCGGAAUUUGUGCUCUGCAUUUAACCCAUCCAAGUGCACACACACAGUAGUGAACACACACACACACACACACCGUGAACACACACCCGGAGCAGUGGGCAGCCUUUUUUGCUGCGGCGCCCGGGGAGCAGUUGGGGGUUCAGUGCCUUGCUCAAGGGUCUCACCUCAGUCGUGGUAUUGAGGCUGGGAGAGAGCGCUGGUCAUUCACCCCCCACCUACAAUCCCUGCCGGACCCGAGACUCGAACCCACAACCUUCAGGUUCACCUUCGGGUUGCAAGUCCGACUCUCUAUCCAUUAGGCCACGACUGCCCCACAAAUAAUAAUUUUCAUGUACCAAGAAUUGCAACUUACAUGAAAUUACAUACAGUAAUAAAAUAACACCUGCUGAAAUCACAUGUUAAAAUAAAUAUUUCCAAAAUGUUUAAUAUAGCAGUUGCCAUUGGGAGUAAUUUGGUAUUUUAAUACUUUACAAGAACUUGUCUGGCAUCAAUUGUAAACUUGCUUGCGUUUUUACAAUUUUCGUAAUUUUGCCUCUGUACACCACCACGAUGGAUCUUGAAGAAAUCAAGAUGUGAUUGAAUUGUAGACUUUCAGCUUUAAUUCAAGUUGUUUAACAAAAAUUGUUAAACGCAUUAACCAUUUAGGAAUUACAGCCAUUUUUUACAUAGUCCCUCCAUUUUCACAGGCUCAAAAGUAAUUGGACACACUAGCACAAUCAUAAAUAUUAGGAUUAUUUUUAAUACUUGGAUGCAAAUCCUUUGCAGUCAAAGACUCCCUGAAGUCUGGAAACCAUGGACAUCACCAAAUGCUUAGGCUUUGCCAGGCCUUUACUGUAGCUGCCUUCAGUUGCUGCUUGCUUGUGGGGCUUUCUGCCUUCAGUUUUGUCUUCAGUAAGUGAAAAGCAUGCUCAACUGGGUUGAGAUCAUCAGACAUUUAAGAACAUUUAAUUUCUUUGCCUUAAGAAGCCCUUGGGUUGCUUUCAUGGUGUGUUCUGGGUCAUUAUCCAUCUGUACUGUGAAGCGAUGUCCUAUCAGUUUUGCAGGAUUUGACUGAAUCUGAGCAGAAUGUAUAGCUCUAUACACUUCAGAAUUCAUCCUGCUACUUCCAUCAUCAAUAAACACCAGUGACCCAGUUCCAUUGGCAGUUAUAUAUA